AUGGAAAACAACCAAGUUUCAAGCCAGGACAUUCUUGAACUAAUCCUCAGUAAAGUUCCCUUGAAACCUCGCACAAGACUCAAGUGCGUAUCAAGAGCUUGGAUCGAUGUGAUCACCGAUCUCCGCCACACACAUCCUCCGACCACCGUCUCCGGCCUAGUUUUCUCUUUCAAGAAACCUUCAUCAAGCAACCCGAUUUACCAGCUGAAUUUGCUUGAAGUCGUCCAAGACCAAAGCUUGAGCUGCUUUAUACACACUUCUCUCACGCAUGAUCUUCCUUGGUUGAUUGAUUCCUGCAACGGUUUGCUUCUGUUCGGUACAAAAGAUGGGAUUUCUUUAACCUAUCUUGUUUCCAGUCCCCUGAGUAAUCAAUGGCUUAAACUCCCUCCACCUGGCCAUGGUUUAUCACUCCCAGUUUCUGCAAGUCUAGCCUUUGACGGGUUCAACAGCAACACUUUAAGGUGA